UGUGACCGGAGAGGUCGACUCGAAGCUUUUAGUGCUCCGGGCGUUUCUACGUCACGACAAUCUUCGAUCCCAGUUGCGCUCUUCCGAUUGCCAAUCCGCUUUUGCAUGGAGUGAUCGACUGAUCGCGUGAGGCGGGCAGCGCAUUAUUUUUGACAAACAUGUCGGCAAUUGGAAGUGGAUCCGCACCCAUCAAGAACCUUUGUUUGCUAUAUAGGACUGAACUGGUUCAUCAUUUCAGUGGCUGGAGGUUAAGUUCUGCUUCUAGGUCAUUAAGCACCCAAGCUGCAACAACAGGAAAUACACCUCAGCCCCCACCACCACCUCCACCUCCAGAAAAGACUCAUUUUGGUGGUUUGAAGGAUGAAGAUCGCAUUUUUACCAACCUUUAUGGUUUGCAUGAUCCUUUGCUCAAAGGUGCCAUGAAGCGGGGUGACUGGUAUAGAACCAAGGAUUUGGUAAUUAAGGGUAGUGACUGGAUUGUUAAUGAAAUCAAGAAAUCUGGUCUACGAGGUCGUGGAGGAGCUGGUUUUCCAUCUGGCCUUAAGUGGUCUUUCAUGCCGAAGGUAUCUGAUGGCCGCCCUUCUUAUCUUGUCGUCAAUGCUGAUGAAAGUGAACCCGGUACAUGUAAGGACAGAGAAAUCAUGCGCCAUGAUCCUCAUAAACUGCUUGAAGGGUGUUUGAUUGCUGGAGUUGGUAUGAAGGCAACAGCUGCUUACAUAUACAUUAGAGGGGAGUACGUAAAUGAGCGAUUGACUUUGGAGAAAGCUAGAAAAGAAGCAUAUCAAGCCGGAUUGUUGGGAAGGAAUGCUUGUGGAUCAGGUUAUGAUUUUGAUGUGCAUAUACACUAUGGUGCCGGUGCUUACAUCUGCGGUGAAGAGACAGCAUUGUUGGAGAGCCUUGAAGGGAAACAAGGGAAACCAAGACUGAAGCCUCCUUUCCCAGCUAAUGCCGGAUUAUAUGGCUGCCCAACAACUGUAACAAAUGUGGAGACUGUGGCUGUAUCUCCCACAAUUUUGCGGCGAGGGCCUGAAUGGUUUGCAAGCUUUGGCCGGAAAAAUAAUUCUGGUACAAAACUAUUCUGUAUUUCUGGUCAUGUGAAUAAACCUUGCACGGUGGAGGAGGAGAUGAGCAUCCCAUUGAAGGAAUUGCUCGAGAGGCAUUGUGGUGGUGUUAGAGGAGGUUGGGACAACCUUUUGGCAGUCAUCCCAGGAGGUUCCUCUGUUCCUCUCCUUCCCAAGCACAUUUGUGAUGAUGUCCUGAUGGAUUAUGAUGCUCUCAAAGCUGUUCAGUCUGGACUGGGUACGGCAGCCGUGAUCGUGAUGGACAAGUCCACAGAUGUUGUGGAUGCAAUAGCAAGGCUGUCUUACUUCUACAAGCAUGAAAGCUGUGGUCAGUGCACACCUUGCAGGGAGGGGACUGGAUGGCUGUGGAUGAUUAUGGAGAAGUUGAAGGUGGGGAAUGCCAUGCUGGAGGAGAUUGAUAUGCUUCAGGAAGUCACAAAGCAGAUUGAAGGGCACACUAUAUGUGCUCUGGGUGAUGCUGCUGCAUGGCCCGUGCAGGGGCUUAUCAGGCAUUUUAGGCCAGAACUAGAAAGGAGGAUCAAGGAGAGAGCGCAGAAAGAGCUCUUGGAGGCUGCAGCUGCUUGAGUCCUCUGGUUUGACCGUGUCGAAGUGCCUACUUUUUAGCUUACUUACGAAAAUAAUGAACUGCAGUAUGAAAAAUGCAGCCUUUGUGCUUCUUCGGACACUGUCCUUGAUGCAACAGAACCAUUUUUCUGAGCUUUUCCUAGAGCAGGUCUCAUGCAGCUCCGUGGCCAAAACCCUGAAACUUCAGGUUCUGGAAUAAUUUCCUUUCUACCUUCAAGCUGAGAAUUCAUUUAUUGUGUCAUUAAAACUUUAAAUUCAGUGAAAUAAAAUCUGUGCAACUUUCCUAAA